AUGUCAUCCCAGCCCCAACCAACGUCUCCUUCCUCGCAAAUGGUACAUAACGCCCUCACGUUGGAUGAUCAUGCAGCUGCGGGGGUUGAAGGCUUUUGCAAAUCUUGCGACGAAGCAGUUAAUGAACGCAAGAUGCCCACCUGCCAUGCCCCCUCGGAUCCAGGCCUCGCCUUGUUCAAACCCCUCCCAUCAAACUGCGACUCCCGGCCAUCCUACAUGGUAUACGGCUUCCCCGUGACCAAAUCCAUCAUCGCAAAGGCGUUAAAGGCUAUUGGAUUGAAAGACAACCCAAGAUCUAACAUGAUGAUGAGCGCUGCGCACCUCGGUAUGUACCUCGAGGCUCGAGUCGGUUACACGACAGGGAACCUCGCGUACUACGUCGGAAAGGCAGAUCCUCAAGCGGAGGUCGACGGCGUCGCUCUGGAUAUCGACGGGAAACGGGCAGUGGAGCUUUUGGUCGUUUCAGCCACCGGGGAGAGGCGUUUGUACCGCCAGCGACCUACCGUCAAACAGUUCAAGAAGUUGGAGGAGUAUCUGGGUGAGGCGAGAUGGUUUGAGGCGAUGGAGCCCAGGAGUCAGUUCCCCGCCUUCCCGCUUGAGAAUCUGCCCAAGCUUCCACCUGAUAUGCUCGGUCGUGUGUGGAAGAAGAUGUAG